CUUUCCCUCCCUCCCUCCCUCCCUCUCUCCCUCUGUCGCUUAAACAACAGUCCUAACUUUUGUGUGAUGCAAAUAUAAAAGGCAAGCCAUGUGACAGAGAGACAGAAGAACAAAAGCAUUUGGAAGUAACAGGACCUCUUUCUAGCUCUCAGAAAAGUCUGAGAAGAAAGGAGCCCUGCGUUUUCCCCAAGCUGUGUAGCAGAUACUCUGAUGAUGGAUUGCAAUUGUAAGAAAUAAGACAAACGUCCGCAUACAAAGGACAAUGACAGCCAGAAAGCUUCACUUGGAUCCUGCCCUUUCCUUGAAAGGAACUGGAUCAUAGGAGGUGGAGCAUUUCCAGUUUUUAGUACUCUGCCUCCCUCUGCUGUUCUUCUUGAAAACUUUUUCCUUACAACAAUGAGAAAUCAUGUACUUGCUGCAUCCUUUUCUAUGCUCUCCCUGCUGGCACUAAUGGGAGAUACAGACAGCUCCUUGAUGUUGGAAACGGACCCUCGGCGAUGCAUGAGGCACCAUUAUGUUGAUUCAAUCAGUCACCCGUUGUACAAGUGUAGCUCAAAGAUGGUGCUCCUGGCUAAAUGUGAGGGACACUGCAGUCAGGCUUCACGCUCUGAGCCUAUGGUGUCCUUCAGCACUAUUCUCAAGCAGCCCUUCCGCUCUUCUUGUUACUGCUGCCGGCCCCAGACCUCCAAGCUGAAGGCAUUGCGGCUCCGCUGCUCAGGGGGCAUGCGACUCACAGCCACCUAUCGGUACAUCCUCUCCUGUCAUUGCGAGGAGUGCAGUUCUUGAGACUGGCUGUUGAGUGGUUUCUAGAUGGUGGUUCAAAACCCUCACCCCCUCGCCGAGGCAGUUCAAAGCAGCUAGAGAAAGACCGGCAAGAAAAGAGUUAAGGAGAGAACAAAAGCAAUUCCCAAGGGGAUUUUGCAUAUAUUAGUAAUAAAAAGCUCUACAGGCUUAACCUAGAGAGAGGAUCUGAAAACUUGUUUUUCAUUCCCAUCUUCAUUCCCUGGUAUAAUUUCUUUUGAUUCCUUUUCAGACCCAAGCAUUUCCCAUUUGGGGAUGAAUGCCGUUCAAGAAUCCCCACAAUUCAGCAUCAGUGAGAAGAGUAGUGAGGCUAUCACUGUUGGGUGCAGAGU